UAUCUCUGAAAGCUGCGUGGAUGUAUGUGUUGUUAACAUCAUCGCAUUAGGAUUAAUGGUCCAUAGUGCAUAAAGAAGGCCCAAUCAAUAGUGCUAUUAUUGUGCGAGUUAAAGAAAUAAUGAAUCCGUUCCUAGAAAAACUGGCAAGAAGAAGCGGUCCCAGUAUGAUCGCCGCCUCGUUCUUCACAUUUGGGGUAGUAUUCCUAUUACUAUGGAAUUGGAUAUUUGAUCGAGUCCUCGCUUCGAUAUUAGUGCUCAAUACUGAAAGUCAAGUGUUCGAACCAUGGCGUACGUCGCCCGUCCCGAUUACGAUGGACGUGUAUUUCUUUAAUUGGACCAAUCCGGAGGAAAUCUACGACCACUCAAAGAAACCUGCGUUCGCUGAGCUUGGCCCGUACCGUUUCACAGAGCACAGGGAGAAAGUUAACUUUACGUGGAAUGAAAACGGUACUGUCACUUACAGACUAUGGCGGAGGUGGUAUUUCGAAGAAGGUAAAUCAGCUGGACGGCUUACAGAUAAAAUAACAACAAUUAAUCCGGCCACAAUGGUGGCAGCAAAUCAUGUCAAAAACUGGAACUAUUUCACCAAAAGAGGCCUUUCUCAUGCUUUCAGCGUUAUGGGAUACGAAAUUCACACCGUAAAAUCAGUAGGGGAAUUAAUUUUUGAUGGGUACGAUGAACCACUCUUGAAAGUUGGUCCAUUGCUUGGCAUCGACCUGCCAUCAGCUGACAAGUUCGGAUGGUUCCACCCCAGGAACAACUCGUACACGUUCGAUGGGACCAUCAACGUUGAUACAGGAUACAACGGAAGCUUAGGCGAAGUAAAGAGUUGGAAUUACAAGGAAAACAUUGAUUUUUACACUGGCAAAUGUAGACAAAUUACCGGAUCUGCGGGAGAACUCUACCCAAGACACCGGAAAAGGGAUAGCAUCUCCGUUUUCUCUACGGACACGUGUAGAAGUAUGCAACUUGACUACAAGGAAGAUACAUUAGUGAAGGGAAUUCAGGGUUAUAAGUACUCCGCACAAGCUGGAAUGUUGGACAAUGGCACUCUAAUUCCAGAAAACAAAUGCUAUUGCGAUGGAAAAUGUAUUCCAUCUGGGAUGCUGAAUAUAUCAACCUGUAGAAGUGGCGCCCCUUUGUUCGGCUCCCUUCCUCAUUUUUAUGGUGCGGAUCCCAUUUACGGAUCGAUGGUCGAAGGAAUCAAACCAGAAGAAUCGAAACAUGAGAGUUACGUAAUAUUAGAACCUAUAAGUGGGAUGCCAUUGGACGCCGUCCUGAGAUUACAGGUGAAUGUCAAAAUGUCACCAAUCAAGUAUAUAAGCAUGUACGAAGACGUUCCGGAAGUAUACCUCCCGGUAUUUUGGUUGGAACAAGUCCUGAGUAUUUCAAAUGAUAUUUCUUGGAAGCUUUGGUUAAUAUCGCAUGCGCCCACAAUAUGCCCAGUGGCUGGGGGUAUCUUUGUGCUAUCUGGCUUUCUGGUAUUUGCAUAUGUCAUUAGAAAAUUAGUAAAUGAAAUGUCUCACAAAAGGAAACGAACGAUUCAGUUUUUGAAAGAAAAGGAGCCUCUCAAUCAAAGUACCAAUCUAACCACCAGAAAAUUAAGCUAUGUCGAAAGCUUUAUUCGUAAUUAAUAAAUACAUGCAUGUAAUAGCUUUUUAAAAACCCUUCGACUGUGAUAUUACUCUCUAAAAUUAAUAAAAUAAUUAAUACUAUUAUGAUAUGUGCUAAAUUUAGAAUAAGAAAACUUGCGGGCGUUUACUAAUUAUAUAUUUCUCUACAAAUAUCUUCCAGAAUAGUAACUUUGAUAUACA